AUGAAUGACGAAGAUGAGAUAACUACAAACGUAGACAGUACACGAACAAUCAAUGAUGAAGUAGGUAGUAAAAGUAGGUUAAGAAAAUUUGAUAAAUUAAUAAUUAAUCAAUCAAGUUAUAUGGAUGAAGAUGAUCAAAUUGAAUACAUUAAGGAAUUAAAUAAGUAUAAUAAUGAACAAUAUGUAAAGUAUAAGAUUUAUUUGGUGAUUUAUUAUGGAUUUCAAAUAUUGACUAUUAUUUUCAUGAAUUUCAAGAUAAAGAAUGAUAAUAAUCCAAUUCAAAGUAAAGUUAUACUAGUACUAUUUUUGAUUUCAAUAAUUUUAAAUUUAGUUCAAGUUACUUCGAAAUCAAUUAUCACAAAAUUAAAUUCAUUCUUACAACUACUAAUAAAAAUGUUAUCAAUCGUUAUAAAUCUACAAAUUUUAUACUUUAUCUACCAUAAUUCAGAAAUUAAUUUAAAUUCGCAAAAAGGGAUAUUUAUAUUGAUUAUAUUGAAUUUUAUUCUACCUUAUUUUCAUGAAUUUUCAUUCAAUUCAAUUAAUCAAUCAGUAAAUGAAUUAAAUGAUUUGAAAUAUAAAUAUAAGAAUGUUUAA